AUGCCCGAGUCAGACCCAACGCCCCAGCCCACAGCGCCAAAACAACCCCUCUCCACCGCACCCCGCCUCGGCAUGCCAUUUGACCGGCGGCUCCUCCUCACCACAACGCUCUCCUUCAUCUCCGGGUUUACGCUCGGGUCGCUCAACGCAGGACACAUGGCGUCUCUACGGUUCCGAGCGGAAAAUGCGCACCGGCUGCCCGUGUCGAAUCCCGGGUGGUACCUGUACCACAAGUCGAAGAACUACUACAAGUGGCGGUACGGCAUCGUCGAGGGCCUGAAAAAGGGCUCGUACAUUGCCGCGUGGAGCACUGUGUUUUUCGUCGUCGAGGAGAGCCUCGAUAUCUUUCGCGGCACGUGGCGCGCCGGGCGCACCAUGGAGGAGAUGGAGGGCGUCGAUGAGCUGGACUUGAAAAGCAUUGAUCGCGGCGUCAAGGGGAGUAGGGAUUGUGUUAGUAGUGCAAUGGCCGGAAUGGCGACGGGCGGACUGUGGAGUGCGUGGCACCAGUUUCCUGUUUCGACUGCUGCGAGGACAAUUCGUAUGGGCCUGUUGGUGGGCUUGGGAUUUGGACUUGGUCAGGAUGGCUUAGUUUGGGCGAAGAAGAGGUGGGGUGGGGAUACCGAGUCUGAGAGUUGGAUUUAUAGGGGCUCGAGGAAUAGGCAGAUUGAGGAGGAUGUGAGGAUCAGUGUGGAAAAGGAAUGA